ACCCAUCUCUCUCCCCCCUCUCUGCCUCCUCCCUCCAUGAGCGCCAUGCUGAGCUCGCUGAGGUACCUGGCCGGCUCGGCGGGCCCGAGCGGCUACGGCUCGCGCACCACCGCCGAGGAGGCCACCCUCCCCGCCGGCGAUCUCGGCCACAUCACCGCCAUCGUCACCGGCGCGACCUCGGGCAUCGGCGCCGAGACGGCCCGCGUGCUGGCCCGGCGCGGCGCCAGGCUCGUGCUCCCGGCGCGCAACCUCAAGGCCGCCGAGGAGACCCGCGCCCGCAUCCUCGCCGACCUCGGCCCCGGCGGCCACCGCGUCGUGGUGCUCCCGCUCGACCUCUCCUCCCUCGGCUCCGUCCGCCGCUUCGUCGCCCGCUUCGUCGCCCUCCGCCUCCCGCUCAACCUCCUCAUAAACAACGCGGGGCAGUACGCGGAGCGGUUCGCGGUGUCGGAGGACGGCGUGGAGAUGACCUUCGCCACCAACUACCUGGGCCACUUCCUGCUCACGGAGCUGCUUCUGCCGACCAUGGCGGACACGGCCAGGGCCAGCGGCGUGCAGGGCCGCGUCGUGAACGUCUCCUCCACCGUGCACGCCUGGUUCGCCGCCGACGCCGGCGACGACGGGCCCCUCGCCUACCUCAGCCGCGUCACCCGCAAGGCCACGCCGUACGAUCCGACGCGGGCCUACGCGCUGUCCAAGCUCGCCAACGUGCUCCACACCACGGCCCUCGCCGGCCGGCUCAGGGAGAUGGGCGCCGACGUGACCGCCAACUGCGUCCACCCCGGCAUCGUCCGCACCCGCCUCAUCCGCGACCGCGCCGGCCUCGUCACCAACACGGUGUUCUUCCUGGCGUCCAAGCUCCUCAAGACGGUGCCCCAGGCGGCGGCGACGACGUGCUACGCGGCGGUGCACCCGGCGGUGGCGGGGGUGUCGGGGAGGUACUUCGCCGACUGCAACGAGGCGGCGCCGUCGAGGCUGGCGUGCAGCGCCGGGGAGGCCGCCAGGCUGUGGAGCUUCUCCGAGGCCAUCACCGCCGAGAAGGUCAAGGAGGAGAGCGCUCUUCCCGUCACGAGCUUCAGGUUCCAGGUCCAGAGCUCCAACGCCGACCGCGGCAUGGCCAUCGCCUAGCUAGGGAUCCGAGCACCGGAAAAAUUAGUUUUGGUCGCCGAACGGCUACAAGAUGCCGCAGAACCUGAAAUUGGAGGCUACCAAAGUUAGUGCAAAGUUGAGUCACUUAUUUUGGGACUGAGGGUGUAUUACUGUAGAGUUAGUAUAGCAGUAGCAUAUAUACAUAUACAUAUACAUAUACUGAUAUACCAUGUACUAAGAGAGUAUAUAUAGCUGUAAAUACAUACCAUAUGUAUACUGUCAGUGCAAUAUAAUGAUGCCAGUGUGUUCCUGA